UCUGUCUCCCUCAUCUGCCGGCCCACCUGCUGCAAACCCUCCUGCUGCACCCCCACCUGUGGCCAAAACUCUUGCUGCAUUGAGACCACCAGGCCACAGAAAACAAACCACCCCAAACACCUCACCCACCCCAGGCCCUUGCUGGGCCCCCUCCAAACCAUGACUCCUGCUUUCCCAUGCACCGAGAUCAGCGUCUGUCAUCCUGGCACUGCCUGCAGCUCUCACGCUCUCUCUAGGAGUCCCAGGCUCACUGAAGCAGGGAUGCAGCAGUUGGGGCUGCAGGGACCAGCCUGGCAGCAGGUGAAUUGGCAAGGGCUAUCUCCACAGCAGGAGGGGGAACACAGACUGCCUGGCAGCUGGUCACAACACACAUGCUGGCUGGCAGAGCAGGGCCACAUAGGAAGCCAGGCAGCAUCAAGGACAGAUGCAGCAGAUGGGCUUACAGCAGACCAUCACAGAGCAGGUUGUGGGACAUCUGGUGUGGCCGGUGGGGGAAGGAGCUGUCCAAAGCCAUCCCUCCUCCUCUACUCCUCUCCCAAGAUCCCUCCCACCCCAGACACCAUGUGCCACACCAGCUGCUCCACUGGCUGCCAGCCGGCCUGCUCCGUGCCCAUCUGCUAUGUGCGUCCCUGCUGCCACCCAGCCUCCUGUGUGGCCCUGCUCUGCCGCCCAGCGUGCCCCGUGGUGACUGGCUGCCAGGCAGUCUGUGGAGCUGGCAGCAGCUCCCCCUCAUGCUGUGUGUCCAGCCCCUGCCAGUCCACGUGCUGUGUGUCCAACCCUUGCCAGUCCACCUGCCGCCAGGCUGGUCCCUGCCAGUCCACCUGCUGCCAGGCAGUCUGUGGAGAUGGCAGCGGCUCCCCCUCCUGCUGUGUGUCCAGCCCCUGCCAGUCCACGUGCUGUGUGCCUGUCUGCUGCAAACCCGCUCUGUGUGUGCCCGUGUGCUGCAAGCCUGUCGCAUGUGGGGUCCCAUCCUGCCAGGUCUCCUGCUGCAAGCCAGCUUCCUACACAGCCUUGGUCUGCAGACCCACCUGUGCCCCCUCCUGCUGCUGCUGAACAGGCCAUCCACUCAUGGAUCAAUGAGAUGAGAUGGGAAACACCCUGACUUGAGUCACUGUAGCCACAGCUCUGCUGGUCCCCUGGAACACUGGAUGCCUUCACUGGCCACACAAAGCAGGCCGUUGAUCCAGUCCACAGGGGCUUCCAUUUCCCCCAUCCCCUCCCUGAAAUCCCCAGAGCAGAAUCCUGGUGGGCUGACACUUUGGCUCUGCUCAUCGUCCACUUCACCUGAGGGCGGGGCUCGUCUCUGAGGGUUUGUCCCUUUGCACAUUUGCUGUUGGAGUCUGCCUUGGCAAGCUAAUAAACCAAUGUGA